AUGCUAGCGAAGGCUGUUCCUCGGCCGUGCUCCGGCACUGGCCGCCAUGGCGCGCCAGCGGCGAGGCUGUGGUCCGCCGGCGUCGCCGGAGGUCCGAGGAGGGGAGGAGCCGGUGGCAGGCUCGUGGCGGCGGACGCAGGGGAGAGGAUGACGGGGUCAGAAGCCGUGCCGGUGGUGGCUGUGGCUGCCGGGAAGCAGCCCGUCAAUGGAUCAGCCAUGGCAGGUAUCGACAAGCUUGUGACCUCAACUAUUGGGAAAUCGACAAACAUUCUUUGGCAUGACUGUCCAAUAGGCCAGUUUGAGCAGCAGAAACUGCUAAAUCAGAAGGGUUGUGUUGUGUGGAUAACAGGGUUAAGUGGUUCAGGGAAAAGCACACUAGCAUGCGCGCUAAGUCGCGAGCUGCACUCAAGAGGUCAUCUGACCUACAUUCUACUGAUUCUAGACGGUGACAAUCUAAGGCAUGGGUUAAACCGAGACCUCUGUUUCGAAGCAAAGGACCGUGCUGAAAAUAUACGCAGAGUAGGAGAAGUAGCAAAGCUGUUUGCAGAUGCUGGUCUGAUCUGCAUUGCCAGCUUGAUAUCACCCUACAGAAGUGAACGCAGCGCUUGCCGUAAAUUACUGCACAAUUCUGCAUUCUUUGAGGUGUUUUUUAAUGUCUCACUUGAAGUUUGUGAAGCUAGGGAUCCAAAAGGCUUGUACAAGCUUGCCCGUGCAGGAAAAAUCAAAGGGUUUACUGGAAUUGAUGAUCCUUAUGAACCACCUUCUGACUGCGAGAUAGUGAUACAGUGCAAAGCUGGUGACUGCGCCACGCCUAAACCGAUGGCUGAUCAAGUUGUGUCAUAUCUCGAAGCAAAUGAGUUCUUACGGGAUUAG